AUGACCCGGGCACGGUCCGCCACUACGGGCGACGCCAUGGCCAGACAUGACGGCACUAUGGACGCUCUACCUUCAAUCCGCUUCAGCACAUUCUACGACCCGCGCGCAACGCGGCCCUCGCUCACAUUCACGCCCGUCUCGCGCACUCUGCCCUCGGGCUCCGAGGUGAUCCGUGUCGGGAGGUAUUCGGAACGCGAUAGCCAGCCUAAUGUGCCGCCUAACGUGCCGUCGGCCGCUCCGGUCGGGUUCAAGAGCAAGGUUGUCAGCCGGAGGCACUGCGAAUUUUGGUAUGAAGACGCCAAGUGGUAUAUCAGGGACGUUAAAAGCAGCUCGGGCACCUUCCUGAACCACAUCCGCCUCAGUCCCCCCGGCACCGAGUCAAAACCGUUCCCAGUCAACGACGGCGACAUCGUGCAGCUGGGCAUAGACUUCAAAGGGGGCGAGGAGAUGAUUUUUCGCUGCGUCAAGAUGCGGCUCGAGCUAAAUCGCGGCUGGCAGAACAAGUUAAACACGUUCAAUAUGACAACCCACAAGAGGCUACGCAACAUGACCGCCAGCUCGGGGAAUAACUCGUCUGCGCAGUCGUACUCGCAGGAUUGCUCGAUAUGUCUUAAUAGCAUCGCGCCCUGCCAGUGUCUGUUUGUUGCCCCCUGUUCACAUACAUGGCACUACAAGUGCAUUCGCUCUCUGCUAUCCUCGCCGUCUUAUCCGAUUUUCAUCUGCCCCAACUGCCGCGCCGCCGCCGAUCUCGAGGCCGAAGUCGAGGACCCCGAGGAGUGGGAGCAGCUCGACUCGGACGAGGGCGAGCAUCCACCAGAGGGAACACUUCUGCAGCCGCAGCCCGCCUCGGACAGCCCAUCAGCCCUAGCGCCUCCGCGUAGGUCAAGGGAGUCGGUCCGCAGCGCCCGCCACCCAUUCCCGUCACAGUCGCGUCCUUCCCAGGAACCGGAGACCGGAGACAUCACCAUGCUUUUGGACGCUCCCCAGCUGCCCCAGGCCGCAACGCAGGCCGUGACCCAGGCGGAUACUGCGCCGGGUUUCCUCGAAAGCGGCGAAAGAAGCAGCAGCGGCAGCAGUAUUAGCAACCGCUCGGUUUCUGGUCGGCCUGUAAUAUCGCACACUACAUCUAACCCCAUGCCAAUUCCGUCAGGCGGCGCGGCAGGCCAGCGUGCAGUAUCGAGCCCUACCAAUAUCUCGACCGGCGGUGACGGUCGGAGGGACAUUCGCACCCCAUCCCCUACGGGAGCUCCUAUCCUUAACAGUCACGAAGGCCCCAUAACGCCGCGAAACGACGCCGGGCCGUGGGUCUUUGACGGUAGCGGCGUCCGCCUGCGGCUAGACGGAGCUCCUGCAAGCGAAACUGGUAGCGGAGGCGGAGGUGGCCUAGUCAGAAUUGACAGUCUCGAGGCUGCUAUCGCCGCUCGUCGUGCUGAGGAAGACGACAUCCAAUAG